AUGUCUACCCACGAACAGAUAGCGACUCAUUGGGACGGGGACGCGUCCUCUUCUAUUAACGCGCAGAUAGUACAGUUAGGGACCAUCACUCCUGAAGACGAGGGAGAAAUAGCAACUCAAGUUUACAAAUAUGCACGCGGAAUAGGAGAUGAAAUCACCCGUCUACGCUUCUACUAUUGGCUCUUGGACUACUUCGUGUGGCAUCCUUCUUUCUAUCCGAGUGGCAACACGCCACUAGUGCUUGCAUGCCAGUUGGAUCCAGUCACAGUCUUGCUCACGACUAGGAUAACUGAUCUAUCGAUUCUCGGUCAACGGUAUCUCCCGCCAUGGGAGCAACGCGUCCAGGAUUACUGCGCCAGCUUGAACCUCCAAUCCAGCAUGGAUCUCCCCCCACAGGAUUGCGAUGAAGAUAAGGACACCGAUUCAGAAUGGCGAACCAUACUACAGGAAUUUACCUGGGACUGGAAUACGACCCCGAGUGUGAUGUCUCCAGCAUCAGGUUCGCUAUAUGAUGAUGGAGCAACCGGUAUAGCAACAGAUGUUACGCCCCAGUUGUCAACGGUGAGCACAAUCCCCAUACAGCCCAUCGAGAUCAAAGGCGCACCCCAGACACUGGAAAUAUGCGCUUCUCAAGUAUUCGCAUCACAACAGUCACCAGACCUAGGCGCAGAUGCGCCCCAGUAUUCUCAGCCAAGUGCGGAGACGAAUGGUUCUCCUGAGCCUGAGUCUCCACUGACAGAAGUAGACACGACUCGGUGCUCAUCUCCUGCAACCCCAUCUCCUGCAACUCCAUCUCCUGAAAUUCCGUAUGCCGAGCCAUCAGCCGUGGAAGUGGAGGAAUCUAUCGCGCACCGUCGCCGUUCUGCCAGACUUGCAGCUAGAAAUCCAGUGGCGGCGUAG